UAACUGCGGCAGGAUUAAUUGUGCGAAUCGUAAUGAAAAUAGAAAGAAAUAAUCCGGAGAUAAUAGAGGAGGCGGCUAAACGAGUCACGUUGGCCACCCCCGAGUGGAAUGAGAAGGUGGAUAAAGGAGAACAGAGUGAAUUGAGAAAGACCGUCAAGGAGACGGAUGAUGGUGGUGAACGAGACGAAGACGAGGGACUUACUGGCGACGGUUCAAUAAGCUUCGACCUGGUUCCUGCAGAGACCAAAGAAAUGUUCUGGGCGUUGUCUGGAGCCGCGGAUAAUCAACUGUGUUGGAGUGUGUACGCGGCGAGUCCGAACUACGGCAGAGAGAGGACCCUGCGAUACUGGACAUCUCUCACGUAUCACCCCGAUCUUGCUCUUUGGACCAUGCCGAACCCCGCACCCGACCAGGACGAGCUAGGCUCGAUAUGUUUAAGCCAACGCCCUCUCAGCCUCUUGUCUACUUUGCAGUAUAACAAGCACCGAGCCUAA